AUGUCGAAUCUUGCAAAGCUUGAGUUUAUGGCUUUAGACAUCAUUGGAAAAAAUUAUUUGUCAUGGGCUUUGGAUGCUGAAAUCCAUCUAAAUGCCAAUAACCUUGGGGAAACAAUUAAAGAAGGAAAUAAAACGAGUACCCAAGAUAAGGCAAAGGUAAUGAUUUUCUUACGCCACCAUAUUCAUGAGUCAUUGAAAAAUGAAUAUCUCACUAUCAAAGAUCCACUCGUCCUAUGGACCAAUUUAAAAGAAAGAAUCACGUCACAGUUGAUUCUAUGUGGAGAAAAUAUUACUGAUAAGGAGAUGUUGGAAAAAAAACAUUCUCCACCUUUCACGCCUCAAACAUUGUCUUGCAACAACAAUAUCGUGAAAGGGGCUUCACCAAAUACAGUGACUUAA